GAUUUACACGUUGUCGUCGUCAUUGUCGACGUCGUCAGCGGCUGUGGUUGACUGGCUCCCCGACAGCUCCUGUGUGACGGCGGUUUUAAAGAUUGUCACAAACAUCGCAACAGAAGGAUGCUAGCAUUUCAAAGGAAGAUAACCCACGAUCAAGUGAACAUCUUUAACAGUUCAAGGCUCAGGAGAUGGAGAUGCGAUGGAGAUGGUUGUUAGUUCUCAGAACCUGCGACUAGCAGCGGAAACAGUUCUUACCAAGAGGAGAUAACUGGAAGGUUAUAGAUGUUGACGAGUUACGGACCUGCGCAACAAAAAGAUCGACUGGUGUUUAGGUUAUGUACCCCCAGGGUAGGAACCUGGUGCACUGUGGUGUGGAGGAAGUGUGUUUGCAUGGUGCAGACCAAAGCGUGAGUAGCUUUCAUCUUCAGCUCCGACAACUCAUUUGACGCUCAGCUGGCUAGGGGAGAUAAUGACGAGCGUUUCCGCUCCCUUGUUUGGAUCCUGGGAAACAGAUUGUAUCCACUCGGCAGGCUCCCUUGGAAAUUCUACAAAUCUCCUCUAGCUUUUCUGAUUGUCGACCUUUUGAACUGUUGUUGUACCCUGGAGUCUGUUAUAACAACUCCACAUAACAUUGUUUCUUGCCAUUUUCAACCUAGUCAAAGAAACACAGUUAUUUCACCCACAAAGCAACUUUUUUCCACCUAAAUAGGGCGAACAAAAAGGAACUCACAUGCAAUCGUCCACCCACGCACGCAGCUGCACAAGAACACACUUUUCACUGCCCCCUUGGUGACCCCCGACUGUUCGUAAAUUAAGGAUCGGAAAAACUUCUACAUCGUGAGCAUGUCAAGAGACUGGGCAAUCAAUUUCUGUAAAAUUCACUUCUUCGGCCCAAAAGCAAGACUGUCCAUCUCUGAGGCGUGAGGGCAAAUCUCUGUUUCCAUUUUUUCUUUCUCGUGUUUUCUUAUAUCGGUUACACGUGAGACACGAGCUGUGUUUUUGUUUCAAACUCCUUUCGCCAAGUGUAGGAGAUAAAGAAAACAAAUUACAUCAACAAAAGAAGCCAAGUUAAUGGAUUUCUUUGAAAGUAAUUAAAAAAAAUGUUUUUAGACCACCGACAUUGAAAGACGUGGCACAGAAUCCAUACCAUGCAAAGGGGCGAUGCCAAGGAGCGACUUGUCAUGGGGUCAUCUUGUGGUAACGGGAUGAGAUUUUUUCUCCAUCCCUUUUUAUUCCCCAACUCUUCAUCGUUUUCUCCAGCCUCCUCCCCCAGCCAUGACACGAACUUCCUGAUACCAAGGUCCGCCGGGAUGGAAAACAACUCCUUCACGCAGGACGAGGGGCAACAACUGCAGCACGCCUUGGAAUGUCUGCAGAUUUAUCUCCUGCCUCUCUUCAUCUUCGUCGGUCUGCUGGGCUCUACGCUGGGCAUCUUGGUCCUGCUGGGGACCGGCAUGCGCCGCAAGUUCCUCUCGCACUUUCUCGUGUGCCUCAACGUGGCCAGCGCCGCCUUCCUGUUGACGGUGUUGUUGUCGUGGUUGGCCGACAACGGGGUGGACGUCUUCGCGGCGCCAGGCUUGUGUCAGGUCUACAUCUUCUCCUCACAUUUUUUCCCGUUCGUCACCUUCUGGCACGGGGUGCUGGGUGCCUACCUGGUGCUGUGGAACUGGCUGAGACCGGGUGCGGCAAGAUGGUUGAGCAGCCCCACCUCCGCAAAAACCGCCGUGCUGGCGGUGUCGGUGCUGGGCUUCACCGUCUACUCCUACAAAACCUGGACAUACUUCUCCGUCCUCGUCAAAGGCGUGCGCAUCUGCACCGUCAUCCCAGAGAACGAGGUUGCCAUGGAGAUCCUCAACGUCCUCGAUGUCCUGAUCCUGCUGGUGGUUCCCUCUCUUUUCUUCAUCGUCUUCUUCGUCGUCGUCGUCUGCAUUCACUGCUGCGGAGGUCCAUACCAUUACCAGCUCGCGGCUGGGACCUGCAGCACCGAGGUGGACGCCCUCCGCUGCGUGUGUCCCAAAGGCGACGACUCGUCCCGCGUGGAGGGCAGAGGGUCGACGUUGCCGAUGUCCCGUCACGUGACCAGCAAGCAGCGCGAGGUGCACCGCCUGGUGCUGAGCCAGACGGUCUUCUUCUUGGUGCUGGUGGUGCCGCGGGCGGUGUCCACUCUGGUGGUCACCGUGCACCGUUGGGCCUACCAGCAGCGCCACACGCAGGACGAGAUCCUGCUUCACCACGUGUUCCAGUUCUCCUUCUACUUCUACUUCGCCAUACUUCCCUACUGCCCGGCCUUGACCUCCAUCAAGUUCAGGACCCACUGCCGAACGUUCUUCAAGAGAGCGAAAGACAGGCGGCAGUUGCGAAGAUGAAACAAAUAAAGGUAUCAGGUGUUCAACAAGACUACUGAGCCUCUUUCUCAAACUGAAGCAGGAAGAAAAGGCAGUUGAGAAGAUUAAACCUGCAUGGGAGCAAUAAGUUCUUGACAAGAAAGAUAAACUCUUUUGUGGGGACGUUUGAUUGAAAGAAAAAACAAGAGUCAGCUCUUAAAAGAAACGAGAAACAGGUGUUGUACCGUUAAUGAAGUGUGCUCACUUUCCAGAAGACAGUAGAUAAAUCUGAGAAGUGCGUGGGGAAAAUAAGGCCCAAUCCGUUUUUGAGGAAGCUUGUUUUGAAGACAGUUACUAUGAUUAAACGUGAAAAGAAAAUUGUUUUAAACAAUCUUUCAUUACAUGGUUUUAGAAAGUGAAAUGGCUGGUAGGUCUGUGUGGAAGUAAGCAAAAAAAAAAUAAAUAAAUAAAAUAAAUAAAAUAAAAUAAAAUAAAAUAAAAUAAAUAAAUAAAAAAAAAAAAAUAAAUAAAAACCAACCAACCAACCAACCAACCAACCAAACAAACAAAAGACCUCUUUCGUGGACAUCAAUACUGUUAAUCUGUAUUUCGAUCAUUUACAAUCAGGAAUUUCCCUCAUCGUUGCAGGGAGAGUAUCUGAGAUGACAGGAGGACAAGGACCACGAGGAUGACCAAGUCGUGAGGAGGUGCCCUCGAUCGGUGGACUCGAUUUUUGUUUUUAUUUCUCUCCCUUGAAGUUGAGAGUUAUCGCUGUAACAGACUGACGGGGUGGAUGGCGAACUUGUGACACAAUCAACCCACACACAAUCAGUUCAACCCCAUGAUUGUUCUUUAAGUUCGUACUUUUGUGGCUACCUUUGUUCAGCUACAAUAAAAUAUAUUUGUUCACUUGAAAGAACAUCGUAAGUUACAGGACUGUGGAUGAAAAGGAUAAAAUAGUUCAAAGUUCAGAGAUUGAAUCAACAAACCGAAACAUGACAUACAUAAACGAGCUGCCCCGAGAAAAAAAAACAAUUGCAAAUUUUCUACAAACAUAAAAUCCAGCAGCGAUACAAUACUAACAAACAGCUUGAACUCCGGUGUGUAAGGUAGGAAAGAAUGAAGAAAUCACACAUCUUCUACAAACCCACCUUCGAUCCGCUUCGCUCUUACCUUCACACAGAUCCACGUGAAAGCAUGUGAAAAAAAAUUGUGGUCCAGACCAUAAACAGGAAAUACUUUUAUUUGUUUUCUACAGCCACUGAAUGAUUUCCAAAGAAAAAUAUCCACAAAGUGCAGCCAGCAAAACAAGCCAAACAAAUCCAAUCACAGUGGCGGAGGAAUGAAACAUUGGAAAGUGCAGAAAUCCUUUUUUUUUUUUCUCACUUGUCGCGGUCUCCGAAUUUCCUGUCAACAAAUACGAUUUUAAAAUAAAACCUCUUCAGUCUAUAUUUGCAGGCUCAAAAUGUCUCUACAUCCACAGCUUCGUGUAAUUAGCUUCGAGAUAACAAACAAUCAUAUUUUAUUUGUUUUCUCCUUCAUCCGAUUCUCGUUUGGAGGCGCGACAACCGAGUCCUUGUCAUCAGUUAAUGAUCUCGGUUGUCCUGGUUCAGAUUCUUUCUCGGGCAGAUUUUUUUUGUCUGCUUGUGACACGUGUUUACUGAAUAGACAGCUUAUUUGCUUCAUUGGUGUAAAACUGUUUUUCCAUGCUCCUCCCUCUCACACAAUCUUCAAGAGAAACAUAAAAAACAUGAUUCAGCGAAGUCCAUUAAUCAAGUCUCGUUUUUCGGUUACUUCCAUGGAAAACAAUAACACUUGCAAGAUUUCUGAGUGCGUCUGUCUUGACUUCUUGGUCAGUUGAUUAACAAUAAAAAUGAUAUAUUUCCAGCCAGCCUGCUCCACACACCCACACACGCACCCACAUGUCUCAGAAUGGAGGUUUCCUUUCAGAACAUUCCUCUUUUUGCACUUAACCGCUAAUUAUUUUAAACAUGCUAGGAACUUUUUGAAUUUUCUUAUCAUUGGGCUUUAUGCAAGCAGUUUAUGAAAUAAACUUGCUUUUGUACAGUUUAUGUUCUCGGAUUUUUCAAUCCCGACAUGAAAUGCCUUCUUGACUGGACACUAACUUUUGAAUGUCAAUGUGCUUCGCAAAGUUUUGUUUAACAGUGAUGUAAAAUAAUGCUUUUAUCACACAUUUGACAGAAUUCUUCGUUUAAAAAGGCCCUGGUGGCAGAAUGAUUUGAUAUUUAGUUUCUGAGAAAGUUAUUUUGUCUGUGUGUUGUCGAAUAGAAAUUUAUGUGGAUACAGGAGAAGAAGUUCCAAGGCUUGAGACAACAUAAAGCAAAAGAAAGAGAAACUAAACAAUGGAAGUCUUUUCAUUAUUUUUGGAAUUGAAUUGUUGCCGUUGUUUGUUGUUGGCGAAACAUAAAUAUUUAAGAAAAAGGAGUUGGAAUUGUCAUACAUCAAGCCAAACGUUUGCUGGCUUUGAUUUUUGUGUUUGACUGACGAGG